GGCACACACUCAGCACACCUUCAGAUGGAGAUCAAGUAGCAGCAGCAGUCGAUUCACAGAGCAACCGCAGCGGAUCCGGAGGUUUCCUUCAGGGGGGACAGGUGACAGAACGGACCGACACUCAGUCGCCCUAACGUGCAUCGGGGGAAAUUACUGCUGUUUCACCCACCCCCACCCCUCCAGAACAGAACACGCUCCGAUUGCCAAUAGAUGUUACUCAACUACAUGCAUUUCGAGCUGAUCCUCUAAGCCCAGUCUGUCAAGAUGGAAAAUGCGCACACUAAAUCUGCAACUGAAGUUUUAGACAACUUCGGUGUGAACGAAAACACUGGGCUGACUCUGGAGCAAGUCAAGGUCAAUGUGGAGAGAUAUGGACCGAACGAGCUCCCAGCUGAAGAAGGCAAGUCCCUGUGGGAACUGGUGUUGGAGCAGUUUGAAGAAAUCAUGGUCAGAAUCCUGCUGCUAGCUGCCUGUGUCUCCUUUGUGUUGGCUCUGUUUGAGGAAGGAGAGGACUCCACCACCGCCUUUGUUGAGCCUUUUGUUAUUCUUCUCAUCCUCAUCGCCAACGCUGUUAUCGGGGUCUGGCAGGAGCGCAAAGCUGAGAGUGCCAUUGAGGCUCUGAAAGAGUAUGAGCCAGAGAUGGGGAAGGUGUACCGCAUGAACCGUAAGGCUGUCCAGAGGAUCAAAGCCAGAGACAUCGUCCCAGGAGACAUAGUGGAGGUGGCAGUUGGUGACAAGGUGCCUGCUGACAUCAGAGUGACUUCUAUUAAGUCCACCACCCUGCGGGUGGACCAGUCCAUCCUCACAGGGGAGUCUGUAUCCAUCAUCAAACACACUGACCCUGUUCCGGACCCCAGAGCUGUCAACCAAGACAAAAAGAAUAUGCUGUUUUCUGGCACAAAUAUUGCAGCAGGCCGCGCCAUAGGUGUGGUCGUUGCUACCGGCGUUGCCACAGAGAUCGGCAAGAUCCGUAAUCAGAUGGCAGCUACGGAACAAGAGAAGACACCGCUGCAGCAGAAGCUGAACGAGUUCGGGCAACAGCUCUCGAAGGUCAUCUCCCUGAUCUGUGUGGCUGUGUGGGUCAUCAACAUUGGCCACUUUGGAGACCCCGUCCACGGGGGCUCUUGGGUCAGAGGGGCUAUAUAUUACUUUAAGAUUGCCGUGGCCUUGGCCGUGGCCGCCAUCCCAGAGGGCCUGCCCGCGGUCGUCACCACCUGCCUGGCCCUCGGCACGCGUCGCAUGGCCAAGAAGAACGCCAUCAUUCGCAGCCUGCCCUCCGUAGAGACCCUGGGCUGUACCUCGGUUAUCUGCUCCGACAAGACGGGCACCCUCACCACCAACCAGAUGUCCGUCUGCAGAAUGUUUGUUGCAGACAAGGUGGAAGAUUCACGCUGCAGCCUUCAUGAGUUCUCUAUAUCUGGUUCUACAUAUGCCCCUGAGGGACAAAUACUGAAAGGAGACAGGCAUGUCCAGUGUGGAGACUUUGAUGGACUUUUGGAGUUGGCCACUGUGUGCUCUAUGUGCAAUGACUCGUCACUGGACUACAAUGAGGCCAAAGGGGUUUACGAGAAGGUGGGUGAAGCCACAGAGACGGCUCUCACCACCUUGGUGGAGAAGAUGAACGUCUUCAAGACUGACCUGUCCGGACUCAGCAAGGUGGAGCGGGCCGGUGCCUGCAACUCGGUGAUCAAGCAGCUGAUGAAGAAGGAGUUCACCCUGGAGUUCUCUCGGGACCGCAAGUCCAUGUCCGUCUACUGCACCCCCGUCAAGCAGGGCUCCCAGAGCAAGAUGUUUGUCAAGGGUGCUCCAGAGAGUGUGAUUGAGCGCUGUCAGUACCUGCGGGUGGGAACAGGGAAGGUGGCACUGACCCCAGCCCUGCGCGACCAGCUGCUGUCUAAGAUCAGGGACUGGGGGACAGGCAGGGACACCCUGCGCUGCCUGGCCCUGGCCACGCAUGACACCCCGCCCCGCAAAGAGGACAUGGACUUGGGCAAUUCCACCAAGUUUGCAGAGUAUGAGUUGGGUCUCACGUUUGUUGGCUGUGUAGGCAUGCUGGACCCGCCCAGGAAGGAGGUGAUUGGUUCAGUGAAGCUGUGCAACGAGGCAGGUAUACGUGUCAUCAUGAUCACAGGAGACAACAAGGGCACAGCUGUGGCCAUCUGCAGACGGAUCGGCAUCUUCGGCGAGGACGAGGACGUGACAGGAAAGGCCUACACAGGCCGCGAGUUCGAUGACCUCCCGCUGGAAGCCCAGAGAGAAGCUGUCAAACAGGCGCGGUGCUUCGCCCGCGUCGAGCCAGCUCACAAGUCCAAGAUCGUGGGAUACUUGCAGUCAUUCGAUGAGAUCACUGCCAUGACAGGAGACGGUGUGAACGACGCCCCGGCCCUGAAGAAAGCCGAGAUCGGCAUCGCCAUGGGCUCUGGCACAGCAGUGGCCAAGUCCGCAUCCGAGAUGGUGCUGUCCGAUGAUAACUUCUCCACCAUAGUGGCUGCUGUGGAGGAGGGCCGCGCCAUCUACAACAACAUGAAGCAGUUCAUCAGAUACCUCAUCUCCUCCAACGUGGGAGAAGUGGUGUGCAUCUUCCUGACUGCCAUACUGGGUCUCCCUGAGGCUCUGAUUCCAGUCCAGCUGCUGUGGGUGAAUCUGGUGACCGAUGGCCUGCCCGCCACCGCCCUGGGCUUUAACCCCCCCGACCUGGACAUCAUGGACAAACCUCCCCGCAACCCCAAGGAGCCUCUCAUCUCUGGCUGGCUCUUCUUCCGGUAUCUGGCCAUUGGAGGAUAUGUGGGUCUUGGAACAGUGAGUGCUGCCACAUGGUGGUACCUGUUUGAUGAAGAAGGCCCACAAGUGUCUUUCUACCAGCUGAGACACUUCAUGCAAUGCACUGAGGACAACCCCAUGUUCCAGGGCAUAGACUGUGACGUGUUUGAAUCCCGCUACCCCACAACCAUGGCCCUGUCUGUGCUUGUUACUAUCGAAAUGUUCAACGCGCUCAACAGUUUGUCUGAGAACCAAUCCCUGAUCAGGAUGCCGCCCUGGGUCAAUGUUUGGCUGCUGGGAGCCAUCGUCCUGUCCCUCUCCCUCCACUUCCUGAUCCUCUAUGUGGAGCCACUGCCCCUGAUCUUCCUGGUGACCCCUCUGCGCUUGUCCCAGUGGAUUGUGGUCCUGAAGAUUUCCUUCCCAGUUAUCCUCCUGGACGAGGCACUGAAAUAUAUCUCCAGGAACCAUCUAGAGGGUGAUGAGGACAAGAAAUAUCGGAGGAGAUGGCGACAGGACUAAGACCUCUCCCUCAACACACUCACACACUUAGACACAUGCCUACCCUUUUCCCUUUGUGAGCCAGGAAGCUUUCUUUUCUUCCCUGUCCUCAUUCCCCCACUCCUGCAUGUCCAACAAACCACCACUAGAAAUGAGCGGGGGGGCUUGCAUGAGAACAAGUGUGCAAGAAAGAGAGCCUGCAUGUCUCCUGCAAGCAUGGCUUUGUACGAUUGUGUGAGUGAAUGAGCUGUGUGUGUGUGUGUGUGCGUGUGCGUGUGCGUGUGCGUGUGGAUACAGUUUCAGAUCUGUUGUUGUAGUUGCAAGCGCAAGGAACAACUGCAGAAGAGAAGAAGAUAGAACUGGCAAAGACUCUGAUUUUUAAAGAUUUCUGCUCAUUGAGUUUCUGACUGCAUACAGUACAAACAUGGUGGUGCAGUAACUGGACUUUGGGGAGGGCAGGAGAUGGAGGACAGGGGAACGGAGGUUGAGAAUACUGGGUGGGAGGGGACAGGGAGCGGUAGAGGACAAUUUUGAAAUUAGCACUGAGACAGAAAGAGAGAACGAGAGGGCCAGAUACUGGGGUACACGCUGGCAAAAGAAGAGCAUCAGCAUGUGUGACCCGUGUAGGGAGAGCCGUUGUUUUUGUAACAUUACAUUUG